AUGGAUCAAAGAAUUUGCAUCAAAUUUUGUGUCAAAAAUGGAAUUAAGUGUUCUAAAACACUUGAAAUGUUGACAGUGGCAUACGGUGAGUCCGCUCUGAGUAAAAAAAACGUUUAUAAGUGGUGCAAGCUUUUCCAAGAUGGCCGAGAAGAUGCCAAUGACGAACCUCGCUCUGGACGCCCCAGCACGUCAACAACAGAUGAAAACGUUAAAGCAGUGAAGAAAAUUGUUUUGGAAAAUCGACGAAUCACUAUCAGAGAAGUUGCUGAGGAUGUUGGCAUAUCGGUUGGCUCGUGCCAUGAAGUUUUUUCGGAUAUUUUGGGCAUGAGACGUGUGUCAGCGAAGAUUGUUCCGAAACUGCUUAAUUUUGACCAGAAGAAUCGUCGCAUGAGCAUCGCUCUGGAGCUGUUGAAUGACGUCAAUGAUGAUCCUGAUUUGCUUAAAAGGGUCAUAACUGGUGACGAAUCAUGGGUAUAUGGUUAUGACAUUGAAACCAAAGUUCAAUCGUCCCAAUGGAAGAGCCCAGGAGAGCCAAGAGGAGAUAAAAACUGCAUCGCUGAAGGCUCAAGGCUAUACCAAAAGGUGCUUAUCAGAAGUGUUUUGAAGAUUGGAAAAAGCGUUGGCACAAGUGUAUUACAUCCGAGGGGGAUUACUUUGAAGGGGACAAUAUAA